GUCGCGGGACUGCGCGUGCGCGGAGGGCUGCGCGUGCGCAGGGGCUGAGCCCAGGGGCAGGAUGUCUGCGGGUUUGGGCUCGCGCUGGGCCGUGCCCCGCCCGGGGGCUUCGGGCUCACGGACCACACCGCUGCACUACUAAGAUGGCCCUGGACCUGACCGGGAGGAUUGGCGGCGGGCCGCGGAGGAUGACCGCCCUCCUGGGCGUGACGACCCUCGUUCUGGUCGCCGGGCCGCCACGGGUGUUGUCCGCAGCCGCGGGGGGCGCACACCUGGAACCUCCUCACGAUGUGGAAGUCUCCAUCACCGACGACACCUUCACCCUGCUGUGGGCCAGCGGCAGUGACCCUGGCAGGAACGUGACUUUCUCGGCGGAUUACCAAACGCUGGAGAUGAGUACCUGGAUGAAGGUGCCUGGGUGUCAGUACGUUGCCGGUACCAGCUGCGACUUCUCCCUCAACGUGAGCGUUUACAACACGGUUAAGCUGCGUGUAAGAGCAGAAGACGGAAGCAGCGCUUCUCCGUGGCGCGAGCUCAGCCCGUUCGUGCCGCAGCAGAAAGCUCGGAUUGGGCCCCCGGAGGUGCGUUUAAAAGCUGAAGACAAGGCGAUAAGAAUAAGCAUCUCUCCCCCUGGAGGGAGAAACAGUAUCAUGUGGGCCAUGGACCAGUCCAGGUUUAGGUACACCGUGGUCUUCUGGGAGAGCCCUUCGGGCGAAAGGAAAUCCAGAGAAACCCGGUACCCCAGCUAUCUGAUGAGCGGCCUCUCCCCCGAGACUACGUACUGCGUGCAGGUGAAGGCGAGACUUUUCCUGCAGAGGCGGCCUGCGGCGGAGAGCCCCGUGCGCUGCGUGAGCACCACCGCUGAGGAUGCCGAGAGGCUGCCCCGGCCGGAGAACGUGCGCGUCGUCGGGAGAGGUCUGGUCUACGUCCUGCAGUGGAGCCACGCACGCGACAACGUGACCUUCCAAGCGCAGUGGCUCUACGCUUUCUUAAAAAAUACCGAAAACUACGAGACACAGUGGGAGCAGGUGCCGAACUGCCAGCACGUCAGGACCACGCAGUGCGCCUUCCCCCAGAGCACCUUCUGGAAGGGCCUCUACUUCCUCCGCGUGCGCGCCGCCAGUGGGAACCGCACGUCCGCGUGGUCCGCGGAGACGGAGUUCGACACCGAGAGCCAGGUGUUCGUGCCUCCUCCCAUCGUGGUCCUGAAGGCUGUUAACAGCAGCUCGCUGCGCAUCUACGUCGGCGCCCAGAAUAAGUCCGUGUACCAGGGCUACCUGCCCAUCUACGAGGUUAUUCUUUGGGAAAACACUUCAAGCGUGGAGAGAAAAAUCGUGGAGAAGAGGGUUGACUUCACUGUUCCGCACCUGAAGGGGCUGACCCUGUACUGCGUCAAGGCCAGGGCGCUGCUCCAGACCUGGAAGUGGAACAACAGCAGCGAGUUCGGCGACACUGUGUGCGAGCGGACGCGGCCAGGAGACUCGUCCAGCGUCUGGCUGGUGGCUGUCCCCAGCGCCGUGCUCGCCGCGGCCUUCGCCCUGUGCGCCCUGCAGGGCCUCCGGAAACUGGUCGGCUACGUGUUCUUCCCGAGCCGCGCGCCGCCCUCCGCCAUCGAUCAGGUGGGUGGCUCUUCCCCACCCGUGCCCGACCAGUACAUCUUUGAACAGUCGCUGAAGAACAUACUACUCUCCACUUCUGAGGAGCAAACUGAAAAAUGCUUCAUAAUUGAAAACAUAGACACUGUCGCCGAAGCAGAAGAAACCAGUCACACUGGCGGAGGGCACAAGACGUACAACUCCCAGACCAGCGAAGACUCGGGCAACUACUCCAACGAGGAUGAGAACAGUGGCUGCCGAGAGAGCGGCGACCUCGGGCAGGAGGGCAGCGUGUGGCGGGAGUGAGCCUACACCCGCGUACGCCGAACACCCACGUGCGCGUGCCUGCACCGUGUGGCCACGGCCCGCUACAGGGCCGCAAAGCCCCGAGUCCAGGUUCUCAUCAGAGCGUUAGAAGUGCUGUUCGAACUUGGGCGUCUGACCAGAGCUUCGCAACCUAUACAGAAGCUAUUUCACAAGUGGCAUUAGAGUUACGUGUCUUUCCCCGGCCUGCGACCUUGAAAGCAGCGUCUGGUGGCACCUGAGAGAGAAUGCACAGACACUUUCCUCCCUACCCCUCCUUGCAGCCAGCGACUGCCUGGUGUGUUACGUGUUUGUCGUGUCUGGGGUCCGACUGCCCCCAGGAGCCCCCGCGCCCCGGGAGAGCAGGCCUUCCCCGUGUUCUCGGGCGCAGCCCCGGCACCUGCCCGACACCGAGAAGGGGCAGGAGACGGUGGUCGAGUGUGUGAGAUGCACGGUUUGACGUGAGUGAGUGCGUGUUUCUGACGGUGUCUGUGUGUUCACUGACCCGUGGAAGGACAUACCGAUGUUUUCACCGUUUCCCUUGUGAACGUUUUUUGUCCCAGUAAGUCCAUCUGUGUUUUUGUCUCAAACUUGUCGCGGUGAGUAGUUUUUAUGUUGAGGUAAUAAAGCUAGGGACCAAAAGCC